GUUUAGCUUGGGUACACACCGCCCGUCACCCUCGAUAGUUGUUGAGUUUGCUAUAUAUUUGCAAAUGAAGAAAGGUGGUAGAAUAAUGUAUGAUUCCGAAAAACAGAUAGUAGAGCUUGUUAGUGAAACUAUAAAGAUAGUAGGGCAUCAGUGGUAUUGGGAAUAUGAUACUAGUCAGGGUUCUUUUGAAUCUUUUGUUCAAUGUGAUAAAUUUAUAGUGGAUAAGCCCCUACGGUUAAUUCGUGGCCUUCCUUAUCAUUUUAUAGUUACAUCUGCAGAUGUAACUAUAAAAUGA